AUUUCAUAGUUAUUCCCCUUUUCAUAUAUAUGUUUCUAAGAAAUAUUUGCCUCAGAGUAUAUAAGUAGAAAAUAACACCUUCAAAGUUAACAUACGAAUUAAACAUGAGAUUUAUCAGUUUCUUAAUUCUUCUUGCAGCUCUUGUUUCUGCUCUGGCUAAAACAAGAACAAAAGAAGAAAUUGAACAGCUCAAGAAAUGGCACAGUGAAUGUGGUGAAGAUGAAGAAACGAAAGACUUGCUGGACAAAGCAAGAUCAGGAGUGUGGUUGGACCAUCCCAAACUAAAACAUCAUAUUCUUUGCUACUCCAAAAAAUUAGGUUGGCUAAAUAGCGAAGGCAAAUUUAACAUAGACGAAACCAGAAAAAACUUUGAAAAAUACUAUGACAAGCCUCAAGUUGAUAAAUUAAUGGAAAAAUGUAUUGAGGAAAAAGAAACACCAGAAAAAACCGCAAUAGCACUGUUUAAGUGCAGACAGACUGUUCUUCAUUAGAUUUUUUUCAAAUAUAUUCCAGGGUUGUCAGAAGAUAAAACAUUUGGAGAACAAACAUUACAUUGACAUAUAUUAAAUAACAGUUAAAUUAAAA